AUGUCAAGGAGGAAAUUAGUAGCGGCAAGGCUACUUUUUUCUUCGCUGCUGGCUUGUAUACGUCACAGAAGAAAGCUAUCGUUGCCGAUUGGGUAUCUGACACCGAAAGUGUCUGUUCCUUGUACUGCAACUACAUUCCAGAACCAAAACAUUUCGGGACUUAGAUGGGGUAUGGGCUUUGGGGUCGCGUUUCGCCUUCGAGCUGGAGUCGGAGCUCAUCUUCGGGCUUGGGUCUCGGGCUCGAGCUGGAGUGUGGGGCCAGCCUCGAGCCGGAGUUCGAGUCUCAGCGUCGGUUUGCAGGGCGAGUCUUCGCUUGUGCCUCAGCUUUAGGCCGGAGCCUCCGUCUCAGGUUUGAGUUGGGUGCUGCGCAUCGGCCUCGCGCUGGGGUUGGGCCGUCAGCUUUACGCCGAGGCUUGGGUCUCAAGCUCGGAGUUAAGUUUGGGCAGGAGAGCCGAGCCUGUUUUUGACCGUGACCGCCAAGUUUGGUUCGGAGUUUGAUCCGCCAUACAAACGAAGCGCCGACCAAGCGAAAUUGCAGGAGGUCUCGAAGCUGGGAAAUAUGCUGGAACCUUCAGGAGCAGCGAACAGCGGCUUCGCUAAAAUAAAGGGCGAACGAACUGGGCUGGACUUUGCCCCGUCCUACGAGGGGGCCGCCAAAACAACGCCACGCGCGGGCGCGGAGCUGUUUCGUUCAAACUUCGACUUUUCGCCACACUGCUCCUUCACCAGGCUUUGCGCCGAUUGCAAAAGCCUCAGCAAGUCACGGGCGAUAAACAAUCGCGAACGCCUUGCGAACGAAAUCAAACAAGCACGCGGGUAGGAAGGAGUACAUAGCGGGCGCAACAACUGUCGCGGCGCCAUAGGCCCCACAGACUCAGAAGGUGCGGCAAGGGCCCAAAAAAAUGGUGGUGGUGCCUCGCGGCAUGUUGCGUUGCGCAAGGGCGACGCGUUCUCUGCCAGUUGUGAUGGUCGGCCACGUGUGCGCGCCAAUUGCUGGACGCCCCCGGCUGUUUUUUGAUCCUUCUAGACCUAGCGCAGUGACGCUUGAAAUUUGUAUAGCGAAAACUACCCGACCGGCGAAGGGGGAGGGGACUGCUGGUCCGUAGCACGGUCGCCGAAGAUCUCGGGGCGGGCAGCUUUCCGGGCAGUGAGACAGCAAAACGACCGGGAGUUCCGAAGCCUAGAGGGCGUCUCGAGGCAUGAAAAAGUGCCAAGCGCCUCCUCCGGUUUUGCUUGGCCGCUGAACGACCCCGCCUUGGCGCAAUUGUAGGUGUUGCCGUCGCAAACAUUUUGCUGAUUCAGACCAGGAAAGGAGAUUCAGAUCGCCACUGGCCGCACUAUUUCCGCCUUGGCGGUUUUUUUUUGGCACUUGUGCAGGAAUGCGGGCGGGCCCAUGCCGCUCGCUUUUUUUGCGUAGCAGGUUUAGCAUUGGUGUGCUAGCUUUCUUUUCCUCGGUGUGAUGCGCUACCAACAGGACGCGGGCCAAUGCUGGGGGGACGGCGGGCACGAAAUCAGAAAGACGCAGUGCGCAUUUGGCCCGACUGCAGGAAAUCCGCCUCCAGCUGGCGCGGGACACGCUGGAUCCGCCCCUGCGGGCUUUACUGGAGGAGACAUCGACCACGGCACACAGCUUCAACACCGCCACCCGCGAAAGCAACUUGCCGCACGAGACCUGGUUCACAGCUGGCGAGCCGCUGCUCGGCCGGGUGCGUGAUUUCUGUGCGGUUGUUCCCAAGUCAAACCGCGCCGACGUGCUGGUUGCAGCCGUGGUGGAGGACGUGCUGCGGGUCUUUCUCUACAAUCCAAGCACACGACUCGCGGACGCGACGCACCCAGGCGAAUGGCAAUUCCUUGAGGAAAUUUCCCUACCCGAGCCGGUCGAGACCGUAGCCCUAGACUGCGAGUUGGUGCGGCAGCAGGAGGUGUUGCUCACCGCAGUGGGGACAACUAUGACGGGCAGCGUCGACGCAUCUCUGUGGCGCCAGGCCAGCACGGUGCGCCUUUACCGCGAGCAAACCUUUACGCGCGCAAAUGUCACGACCGGACUUCAGUCGGGCAUCACGCUUCUCGAAGGGGAGCACGCGGUGCCGCAGUGCGCAACAAGCGCGUAUGGAAGGAGCGAAUUUGACGUGCCCGCAAUCAUUGGUGGAGACCGAGCUGCGGGAGUGCCCCAGUUGCGGAGCGCCGUGCAGUGGGUCGCCUUGAGGAAAAAUUACGUCGCGCAUCUGGACGCAAGUGGACGCCUCCACUUGGCUUUUGGGGCGCGAGACGGUACGGUAGCCGUGUCGUAUCGGGCGGUUGCCGCAUGCGAUGGGCAGAGUCUCUCGCUGUGGGGCAGCGACUCCAAGUUGAUAUUCGCUUCCGCAAACCGUGCAGGAGUUCGGGAUCUUACCGAGCCGAAUUUUUUUCUAGAUGCAAUGGGCCGUGAAAAUGGUGAGUCAGAGCCAAACAAUGCGACCAACGGCAUGUGGCAGGAGAAGGAAAACCACAACACACGGAGUAGAGGAGCCGCGCAACUACACUGCGCGCUGCAUGAACAAGUUUCCGGCACAGUCGCGCACUUGGCUACUUCUUCGAACAACAGCUUUUCCGAGCACGUUUUCGUUGCUACCAGCAGACAGCAAGUGCUUUUGCUAGAUCUGACAUCCUGUGUGGUGCGGUGGCACCUACCCCCGGGCGUACUGCGACGCGCUGAUCGUAUUGCGUGGCUGUCCGCGGACCAUUGGACCGCAGGAGGGCCGGUUUUUCUUUCGAUGUUUCUGGCGAGCGGGGACCUUCUCGUCUAUGACGUCGCGCAGCACCAGGGAGUUGGCUUUUCCAAGGGUGUGCUUCCGUGCUCCUGGCUCAGAGGCGGCACAAUCGACGCAAGCGCUGCCGUCCAGAAAUUGCAAAAAAUAUUGCCGCACUUUGCAGAGGGCACAAGUGUGACCAGAAGACGUCUCCAUGGAUUCUUUCUACAUCUAAAGGGAAGUGAGCCAUCUGACGCACCCACGGUCGCGCUGCGAUACAUGACUGUAGAGCAGCACCCGGGAGGUAUUCACUCACAAUGGAUUUUUUGCCGGAUAGCGUGCAGGCAUUCAUCCCCCAUUUCUGUGCUGUCCGUACUUGAUUUCGAUUGCUGGUCCGAUGUGUCGAGUGGUUUCAUGUUUACAGCUGUUGCGAGUUACUCACCAAUGCAAGCCAGGAAGUGGGUGUCAUUCGGCUCAUUUCGGUCUAGCGCUUCUCGGUAUAGAAUGAAUUAGUCACGCCGUUGAUUUGCGUCUCGGAUGGCCGCUCUCCGUGGCCAAUAGAUGCUGAUGUUGAUGACUCUCUCCACCACUCGCAGGCAUUUUCGACUACGCGACACCACAACGCAGUGGCGACCAUGUUGAUUUGGUGAGGGAGUUUGUGGGUCUGUUAGAAACUGUCCCGCACUGGGCAGUGGGAGUUGCGAUUUUUCUUGCUGUUUUGUAUCGGAACUUACGGUGGUUGCAUAAGGUGAGAAUGCCGGAUGAGGAGUCCGCAGAGAUGCUCGCGGAAAAAAUUCGGCGUGUUCGCGAGAGCGGUUUCGUGCGACAUGUUCGCGCACUCACAUAG